AUGGCAACUGGAGACACGGCGCCUGCGCCGCUUACCAUUCCACCCCCACCGAUCGAGCCACUUUCCGACGACGAUGGUUCAAGUCCUCUGAGCGACGUCGAAGACAAAGAUGCUGACCCAGACGGUAUGCAUGGGUUAAAUAGUGCUACACCCAACAAUCGCGAUGAGGACCUUAGCUCGCCUGACGACCUUUCUGACGCGAAUGACACGGAAGCUGAGACUGAGCGUCUCUACGACACGCCCCGAAACCCUACCCGCCAUAAGGACAUCGUUCUAAGUCGACAAACCGAUGGCCACAUCUACGAACGUGCUUCAAGCAAAUUGCGACGACAUAUUACAAGAUCGGGCGAGGAUAAAGAUAGGGAUGACGCACCUCUCUUUGAGGAAGAAAUGUCAAUAGCUUCUAGUCCACCAGCGCAAGAGACAAAGACACCAAACAAAAACCAAUCCCCUAUACUUGGCAUACUAGCUGAAGCUGCAAGCCAAGAAGCUGAGAGUAGAAAACGAAAACGCUCCUUACCUGCUGUAACUUCUGUGCCGCCACAACUUACACGAAAGCGCACCGGUUCUGUCCCAACACCUAGUCGGCAAGAUAUGGAUGGCGACACUCCCAUGAUAGAUGAGGAGGACCCAUCAUUACAUACGAAUAGCGGAGAACAUUCGCUUGACGAGGCAAAUAACGUCGUAGCCGGUGAAGAUGAUGGCGAUGACCAUGCGCAAGGAAACCAAUCCGAUUCGGAGACCGUACCCAAGAAGCAGACGCGUAGUGGUUCAAAGAAGCUCAAAGCCGUAGAGCAACCUACCGGAACCGAUGAACACGAAGAAGGAGCUGCGGUUGCUGCGAUAGCUGAAGACGGGGCUCAUGCUGCAGAAGAUGAACAGGCCGAAGCCGAUGUUGAUGAAGAGGCAGAAGCGGCUCACAGAAACGAGGAAGAACUCGAGAGGAAAAGGACUGCCUUCGAUCAAUUAUCGGCAAUCGAAAAACGAUUCGCAACAUUUAGAGAUAGGCUAUACGAAGAGCGACUGGAAGCAUUGAACCGAGAAGAAGCGAUGUUGCGAUCCGACAACCCAACCCACCCUGAAUAUCUUGCUAUGAUGGAAUGCAUAGACGCCCGAAGAGACGAAAGAAUCCGCGUAGCAAACCGAGAAUUGGAGCUUAAUAAAGAGGCUCUAGAUAGGUGGGCCGUGGCUAGGCGCUCACAAAUUCACUCUCAAUACUUCCAAUCAGUCAGGGAGUCGAGAGAAACGAUCUUAGCUGAGCUUGGCCAACAGUGGUACGACAUCCAACACGAACGCCGCAAGCAAGCCAACAACGUUCCCGAAUUUGGUCUUCGUUUCCCUUCAGAUCCGACACAACGUAUUAAGAAUGCCUUGGCGUAUAACAAAGAGGUCUCCAUUUUGUCUGGUAUAGCUAAACACGAAGGCAUGCCUGCCGCGCCAGAUAUGAAAGGGGCAACCUUGCAAGAAUUGGACGAUGACUUUGACGCUAUGAAUAGAAAUCGCCAGGCGGCGCCCCGGCACCACGUCCACAGACCUAGUUACGUGGAUUAUGGAGGGUUGCCGUUCGGUCAGAGUCUUGGUCCCGCAGGAGAACAGUUCAUUGAGCAGACUCCGUGGGCAAAUCCUAACCACCCGUCAAACGCUCAUCUUCUCCAACGACAACACUCAGGACAAAACGAAGCACAUACACAAGGCGCCGCGCCGAAUGCACCAUCUGGGUCGAAGAAAAGUUCUCAUCCGUCGCGCCCAUUUUCUAAUGGAUCAACAACACAACCAUCCAGCAAUCCUUCGAAGACCCAGAAGGGUGUACCGAGGCAGCUUUCUAAUUCGCCCGAAGUCACGCGAGCUGCAACCCUAUUAGAGCAAACCAAAGCACGGAGUAUGAGAGCGGCUGAAACAGCUGCAAGACAUGAAAACGGCCAAUCAGUCAGUAGCUUAUGAUACUUUUAGACCGGGGGAUUUUUUAAGGACAGGGCUGAAUAUUGGCGCAACCUAGGGUAGCUAACCGACGAGACGAUCGCCGACUUCCCUUUGAGCUGUUGGGGUUGAAUAAGUUGCGGGAUAGGAAAUAAGGACGUUAUACCCUGUGCAUAUGUUUUUGCAUUUGGCGUCACGGCUUACGAUAGAGGAGUGUUCUACCUGUCUAGGUAUGCUGAAUAUCCAUAGAUAUCACCAAGCGGUGUCAUGGAUGUCGUGCUCUUGCGUUGUCAAUGGUUUGGCGUCUUCGAAAAGUUUUGUAGAGCACGGGAGGUCACUAUUAUAUAUAUUUUCGGGCUGUCUUGAUAGACACAUUCGUGGCGUUUGGGGGUUUGCCAUUCAUUUACACGCCCUACGUCGGCCAUGAUACCAUUCAGCUUAACUUAUUCAGACCAAUUGGAAGACCCAUUUCCAAUUUUAUGCCUUGCCUUGCCUUGCUUUGCCUUCCGUG